AUGCAUGCAUCCGGUAGCCCGAGACUCGUACCAGGGAUGAGUAGCAGUACCCCGUAUGCAAGACGGAGAGAGAGUGUAAGUGGAUAUGUCAGUGAUGAUGCAUGCAUAGAUGAUGAGAGAUGUACUUGUCCUGCAUCUAACAACAGACCGGUGAUGCCCGAGAUACGUCCUAGGAUCGAUGCAAACCAGCAUGGACAGGUCCGGUCUAAGCCCCGAAACUUUGUAAAACCAUCAACAUAUCAUGGCACAGGUCUCUGGAAUGAUUACCUGUCUCAUUUCGAGUCUGUAUGUCUGUUGAAUGAGUGGACAGAUAUUGAGAAAGGUUUAUACUUGGCGGCAUCCCUUAGAGGACAAGCACAAGGUGUUUUAGGAAAUCAGCCCAGGGAUGAGAGACAGAGCUAUCAGAAGCUAGUUAAAGCCCUCCAGGAUAGAUUUGCUCCAGUAAACCAGACUGAGCUUUACAGAGCACAGCUGAGAGAAAGGAGACAAAAGGCAUCUGAAAGUUUGCCGGAGAUGGGUCAAGACGUACGGAGGCUUGUUAACUUAGCUUACCCGACUGCUCCUGAUGACGUAAGGGAAAUACUGGCCACAGAACAGUUCUUGGAUGGAUUACAUAGUUCAGAGAUGCGUCUCAAGAUAAAACAGGCAAGACCUGUAAACCUGAAUGAUGCGAUACAGCGAGCUGUUGAACUAGAAGCAUACAACAGGGCAGAGAGUCGCCGGAUAGAUGCUGUCAGAGUCAUGAGUGGAAGUUCUGCAGACUUGUCCAAGGAGUCCAAACUUGAUCAAUUCAUGGAGACAGUAGAAAAGAACAUGCUAUCAUUACAGCGUGAUAUUAGGGAUUUGAAACAAUGGAAGUUUCAGUCACAAGGUCAAAAACGUAUGCCGCAUACAUCCAUGAAGGAUCAAGCAAGAAAAUGUUACAACUGCGGAUCCGAUAAGCAUCUUAAAAGAAACUGUCCGCAAUUAAGUAAAGAGCUGGAGCACAGUAGUAAUUCAAGAGAGACUGAACACAAGAGGACUGAUGCAGGUCUAGGGAAAGAUAAUAACGCAUGUGACCAAUAUUCUAGAGUUGUACAUUCAAUAAACGAAAAGGGGGUUUAUGUCACAGCUCGUAUUCAUGGAAUGGAUACAUACCUGCUAGUUGACACAGGUGCUACAGUGUCCUUGCUAUCUACUAUUUGUUAUGAUAACAUUGCAAGAGCUACAGGCCAAUCUUUGACUAAAGUUGACAGAGAUGUAUUAUCAGCUAGUGGAUCAGCACUGAAGGUGCUGGGAAAGGUUGCAGUAGAUUUUAACCUGGAUGGAACCGCGUUACAACAUGAAAUGAUCAUAGCUGAUAUAACAGUAGAUGGAAUUCUUGGAUUAGAUUUCCUGGUUAGGCAUAAGGCGGUAAUUGACAUGUGCUUGCAUCAGAUAUCAAUCUCUGGUACAGAACACCCUAUCAAGCUGGAAGGGUCUGCAAGCUCAUAUAAAGUAGCCAUCGUACAUAGAGUCACAGUGCCACCUAGAUCAGAACUGAUGGUAGAAGGACAGAUAUGUACCGGUUCGGAUGGAGGACUGCCAACCCAAGCUGGACUGAUAGAGCCCUCAGAAAAUUUUCAGAAGUCAGGUUCUUGUUUUCUGGCCAAAACACUUGUCCGUAGACAGAACACCGUGCCGCUUCGUAUCAUGAAUAUCUCAGAGGAUAGUAAAACCAUAUACCCAGGUACGGUUGUUGGAAAAUUAUCUGCGAUUGAUGAGGUUUUGAAUUUAGUGCCAGGAGAACACCAGGGUCUGGAUGAAAACAAUGAUAUGCCAUCAUAUCUGCAAGACCUUUACACAAACAGCACUAAACAUAUGGAUAACGACGAUAGGGUUAAAGCUAAAACUCUACUUCUGAAGUAUGCAUCACUCUUUUCUACAACCGAUGAAGACGUUGGUAGAACUGCCAAAGUCAGACACAAGAUUGAGACUGGUACCCAUGCACCCAGUUAG